AUGCAAUCGCCGGACCAGGAAGAUUCUGAGCGUCGUCCUGGGAAGCGUCCGGCUGCACGCGGCACGGCCUUCUACCCAAGGAAGAGGGCCAAUACCGCGUGUCAAGUGUGUCGAGCGAGGAAGACGAAGUGCGACAAUCGGAAGCCGUCAUGCUCGUACUGCCUCAGCGUCGGUGCCGCGUGCAAUCAAUCGCCUGUGGACCUGUCGGCGUUUGAUCCGGCGAGCUUGAAGAUCCUCGAGCGGCUGGACGACUUGGAGAGAUUGAUGAAGGAGUCGCAGAACAACGCGCCGACCGAGAAUGCACCAUCCGGCGAUCACGAGGUCGAAGACUUAUCUCUAAGGAGCAUCCUGCCCGAAAAGCUCGAGAGUCUGUUUCAAUGGUCGGUAUUCCCACGGCAACCGGAACGCCAGAUCUUUGCCCGCAGUCCUUUGGAUUCGAGUUCUCCCAAGAGCAGCAACCUCGGUGCUCUGCUCGACAUAAAACCACAGGGCAUCAAUGCGCUUCUGGAUAAUUUCUUCAUCCACGUGCAUUGCAAGAACCCGAUAUUCGAAGAGACAUCAACUCGACGCGUCGUCACCAACACCCUCCUCGACGGGAUCGACUGGUCGCCGAAUUCAUGUCUGGCUCUACUUAUAUGUGCUCUUGGCAGCAUCGCCACUCCGCUUGGACCGAGCCUAGACACGAAGCCAGAUUCAGCGGCCUACAUGGAAUCUCAAAGCUACUUUGACGCCGCCCAGAGAAGAAUCGGAUCGCUCCUGUGCAAGUCAGACAUCAUCGGAGCCCAAUGUCUGUUUCUGUCCGGUGUCUACAUGUCGUGCAUUUUCCAGCCCGUUCUCGCCUGGCGAUUCUUCUCCCAAGCGCUGGCCGCGUGCCAAACCCUACCGUUCCUGCAGAGGGCACAUCGCGCUGGAUCAACAACGCCAGACCUCUCGUCGGAAUUCCCCACGCUGCGGGCCGAUGAAACGCAGGAGCAGGCCGUAUACUGGUCUGCGUGGAAAUCCGAGAGGGAGCUGCGGCAGGAACUCGCGCUUCCGGACUUCAACAUGCCCCAUUCCACAAGUGUUCUAUAUCCGCCUUUCUUCCCGACUCCGCCCCAGCCUCUGGAAUCGAUGAAGACGCCCGAUUCUGAUAGACAGCGUGCGUCUUGGCUAUUCUACCUGGCAGAGAUCUCGCUGCGAAGACUUUCCAGCAGAGUUUGCAAUGCGAUUUUAGAGCUACAUCGGAGUGCAGCUUCCAAUACUGUAUUCAUCCACGAGUUAACCCAGCUAUUACCAGAGUACGAGGCACAGGCGCAACAAUGGUCCGACAGCCUUCCUCCAGAGCUUUCCUUCCAAACUCCUCCCGAGAACGAUGACGUUUGCGUGUUUGUCCUUCGAGGACACUUUCUCAAUUUCUUCGAGACGAUAUACUGGCCGUUCGUCAUGGCGCAUCUCGACGGCCUCGAAUCCGGAAACCCGAUCAACCCGCAAGGACAAGAGAUUGCCAAGAAAGGCCUUCAAAUACAUGUCCGCCGAGUCUCGGUCAACGAGCCGGGGUUUCUGCAUCGCCAUCACGGCACUGGAGGCAUGAUCAGGGGAUGUAUACGGAGCGCCGUGGUAUUGCUCGGAGCCGGACUGCUGGGAUGCGAAAUGCCGCAGGGCUGGCAAGAAGCCACGUUCCAGGUGGUUCAAUUGCUAAGUCUCUGGGAGGAUGAAGUUCCCGAAUUGACGGGCAAUAAGGCCUUCCUGCAACAGGUACUCAUGGGGCUCGAGAACUAG